AUGGAUAGUGUUGAAACGAAUCUUUUUGGAUUGGAAAGAAACCAAACAUGGAGAAAUGAAAAAGAAAUGUUGUAUGCGAAGUUCAAGAAUGGGGAGCUGAAGGCUGUUGUUGUGUCGUCGUCGGAUCCAUGUGUAGACAAGAUACUUCUUCUGAGAACCAAGUAUCUUUUCCAGAAUCAGCUCUCCAAGAUGCCUGGGGAAUACAUUCUCAGACAAGUAUUCGACACAAAGCAUGCCAACCUGGUACUGCUGAACUCCGUAGGAGAAGUGGUUGGCGGAAUAUGUUACAGACCGUUUUUUGAGAGAAACUUUGUAGAAAUUGUGUUCUUAGCUGUAGACUAUGAUUUCCAAGUAAAAGGAAUUGGAGGAUUUAUGAUGGAUCUCUUUAAGGAGGUCAUUAAGGAAGAGAUAAGAAGCUAUUUUGAGAAACCAUCAAAUGGCCUUUCAGGGAGCCCUAAACAGAAGAAUAGGGUUAUAGAAGAUCUCACCCCGCUUCUAUGCAGAACUCCUGAAAGCAAUGCCCCAUCCCUCUACUUGGUAACAUAUGCAGACAACUUUGCAAUAGGGUACUUCAAGAAACAAGGAUUUACAACAGAGAUAAGAUUUGGAGGAUGGAUUGGGUUUAUUAAGGACUAUGAAGGGGGCACAAUAGUAGAGUGCUGUGUACUCUGGGAAAUUAACUAUUUGAAAAAGCAGGAGAUUAUUCAAGAUAGGAAAAGAAAGUUGUUUGAAGAGAUGAAGAAGGUCAAUGAAUAUCAUAUUAUUCGGAAGAUAGAUGACUACUCGGAAAUUAAAGACGUCAACGAUAUUCCAGGAGUCUUGAAUGCAAGGUAUUCUGCAGAGGAGACCAAUGAUCAGAGGUGCCAGGACAGGUUUAUUUCGUAUCUUAUAUCUGAUCUUUGCAUCAAUGCAUAUGCCUGGCCAUUUUUGAAGCCUGUGGAUCCUAAGGAAGUCCCUAACUACUACAAAUGUAUAUCCAAACCUAUGGAUCUGUCUACGAUGUCAUCUAAGUUAAAAAACAAUGAAUACAAAUUCAUUGAAGCGUUUGUUGAAGACGUGAACUUAAUGGUGAAUAAUUGCUUUACAUACAAUGGUAAAGACACACAAUAUUAUAAAUGUGCACAAAAACUCCUGAACCAUUUCAAUAGAAGACUUGAGUUUUACAAGCAUGUGGUUGACAAACUUCCGAAAAAAAAAGAAAUCAAUUGA